AUGCCUGCUGCAGGUAGCAGCAUAUGUACACAAUCGUCUUCUGUAGCCCCUUCGUCGGAUAUUUUUAGUAGCUUGGCCACCGCAUCUUCUGAACUUGCAUCUUCUUCUGCUGCCGCUACAUCGGCAAUUUUCAGCAGCUCGGCCUCUAUAUCUUCUGAAUUUGCUUCCUCUUUUGAGCUCACCAUACCAUCCGUGACUACUAUCGUUUCUGAAUCUUCGACUAUCAUUGAAGAAAUAUCAACAACGGUUGAGUUACCUACUAUGACUACUGAGCCUACAGAGACAGGAGUUUUUACUACUAAGGAACCAGGAGCUACGACUCAGCCUCCUGAACCAACUCGUGUUUCAUCAGCCAUUACACCAGCUGGUACUUAUAAUCCAGUGGAAUGUUAUCCAGAUGAUGAGGCCAAUGGCUUUCCAUUGGCCCCACCUAUUACUGAGAGUGUCGAUCCAAAUGACUAUGCUACAGUCCAAAGCUGUGCUUUACUCUGCUCAACAGCCAAUGCAGGGGGCCCAUUCAGAUAUGCUGGAAUUGAGCCAGGACGCUGUUUUUGCUCAAACGGAUUGCUUGAUGCAGAACCAGCCACUAAUUGUUCUUACCCAUGUCCAGGUAAUCCGGUCCAAGUAUGUGGAGGAAGUCCUGCCCUACCACCUCCCCCACCCAGAAGAUUCAGAAAACGUGCGGUCGGAACAGCGAUCAUUAUUUAUGAACUGGAAGGAUUUGUUUCACCAACCUCAGCUGUUGUUACCGAUAUUAGUUCGACUGAAAUACCUGGGGCAACCUCCACACAAACUGUCGGUACUGAAGGACUAGGGGCUAGCUCUACAACCGAAAUCAUUGUCACCGAGGUACCAAGUGCUACAUCGACAGAAAUCAUCGUCACGGAGGGCCCAAGUGCUAGCUCUACGAUUGAAAUUAUUACCACCGAGGAGCCUGGGGAUACUUCCACAGAAAUAAUUCCUAUUGAGACGCCAGGAUUUAGCUCUACAACAGAAAUUGUUGUUACUGAGGAACCUGUUACUUCCACAGAAGUUAUCCCUACUGAAACUCCAGGAGUUAGUCCUACAACUAAAAUUACCGUUACUUCGGGACCCGGGGUUACUUCUACAGAAAUUAUUCCUACUGAGACUCUAGGAGCUUCGUCAACAAGCGAAAUCAUUGGCACCGAGACUUUAGGAGCUUCGUCAACAAGUGAAAUCAUUGCCACUGAGGAACCAAGUACAUCUACCACCGGGGAAGCAAUUGGAUCUAGCACUGGCAUUCCACCUGUCAGCAGUGUUGCAUCUGGCGCUAGUACAACUUUGGAAGUCGGAAGUACUCAGGAACUAGGAGCGACUAGCACUUCGGAAGCUUUUGUCAGCACAGAAGAGCCGGGAGUUACGAGUACCGUGGUAGUAAGCACCGAAGUACCCGCCGCGGCUACCACUUCGGAAGUUAUUGGCACUGAAGGGCCAUCAACUACGAGUACGUCAGAGGGACUAGGAGUCACUAGCACUUCGGAUGUUAUUGGCACUGAAGGACCAUCAGCUACGAGUACCUCAGAAGUCAUUAUUACCGAAGAGCCAGGGACUACAACAACUUCUGAAGCAAACACUGAAGGGCUAGGGGCUACUAGCACCUCAGAACUUGUUGUAAGCACUGGAGAACUAGGUGCCACCACAACCUCCGAAGGUUCUGUCAGCAUUAUGGAACCAUGGGUAACUACGACUUCGGAGAUUGUUAUAAGUGAAGGACUUGGUGCCACAACCUCGGGAGUUUUGACUAGUGAAGGACCAGAAUCCACUACUGGAUCAGUUUUGACUACUGGCCUAGAGGCUACAACGACAGGCCCCGCUCUCACGACUGAGCCAGGAGCUGAGUCUACAGGCCUUGCUUCUACAACAGAAAUACCAGAAAUCACUACCAGUAUUGAAGUAACUCCUGGCUCACCAACAUCUACUUCUGAAGGUCUUGAAAUUGGAGAGACAACUACUAGUGCUUUGGCAUCUAGUACUGAGGUUGAGGUAACUACUGGCUCUCCAACAUCUACUUCCGAAGGUGGUGAAAUUGGAGAGGCGACUACUAGUGCUUUGGCAUCUAGCACUCAGAGUGUAGAAUUCCAAGAGACGACUACUGUUCUUCUAUCGACUACAUCUCUUGAGGAAUCUUUCACUGAAAUUCCUUCCGCUAGUAACGUGGUUUCUGGAUCAAUAACCACAACCUUCGUUGCUAUAACAUCCACGUUCGUACUACCGUCAUCCACAUCUAGCCCUGGUCCUUCAUAUGAUUAUGUCUGUGCAGUGGCUCCAAGUCUGUUCAAUGUAGUCAUUGAUGCGCCGGACGCUGGAAAUAUUGAAAGUUUAUGGGGUUAUGACACAUUACCUGUUGUAACAUCAGAAUCACAAGCGGCUGCUUUCAGCAUUGGAUUUGGCAACGCUUUCCACGGCACACUACAAUCGGCUGGUGAACAAAUUACUGGUGCUGUUCGAUUGACCGCUUUAGGAGCUCCUCUUCAACUCUUUACUGCGGCCCAUAUUUCUGAUAAUAUGAGAAUCUAUUCUGCCACUGUUGGUUCAGAUUGUUCACUUGGCUUCGAUAUUGCAAACACAGGCGCCAAUAUCUUGGCUGACUGUAGUGGUGUAUUUACCAUUUUGACACCAGCUACGCAAAUUCAAAGAGGAAGUGGAUGUACCCAAGUUCAGGCGUUUGCUGUUGCAGUUCAACCACCUUCUUCAACAUUGUCAACGGCUAUUGCUUCAACUACUGAAGUCCCAUCUGGAACAGUUGGCUUGGUAACAAGCAGUUCAACUUUCUCACCUAUUGCAUCUUCAACCUCAAUCGCUGGAUGUCCUGUUACUCCAUUCUUCAAGAUACUUGUGAAUCAAACAGGUAUGCCACCACAAUAUCUAUGGGAUCCAGUCCCAUUCGGUGAUGAUGCUUUAUCAUUCACCACUGAUGAGGCACAAAGCUUGACCUUCUCAUUGUCUCCUAGUACGGGUCAACUACAAUUUAAUAUUAUUGAUUUCUUUGGAAAUCCUGUCUUAUUGGCAUCUAAUCAAGAUUUGCACAACCCUGGAAAUGAGGCAAUCUUCUUCUCUACAGCAACCAAAUUUCAGCAACUUGGGUAUCAACCAGUUGUUGCAACCAUUAAUCCAGAUUGCUCCAUCGGUUUGACUUUACCAUACAAUGCUGCAAAUAUCAUACAAGCUUGUUAUGGCUCGUUGUACUUGAUGUUGUCACCUGGAGUUGAUGAUUUUACCACAAUUCCUUCCUUUACUAUCAGUUACUCGUUCCCAACAAUUACCUCAGAGUCAUUCUCUCAAUCUCAAUCAUUAAUUUUAUCGACUUUCUCUGGACAAGAAUCACAAGUUCCUUCGUCCACUUUUGAGACCGUUUUCUUAUCUGCUGUACCUUCAUCUAUCGUUCAAAGCUCGAUUUCAGCAGUUCUCUCAUCAUAUGAAUACAGCUUGGCAUCAUUCUCAUCCGCCCAAUCUUCUGGAUUCAUGACUAGCUUCUCUACCACGUCAUUCUUGAGUUUGGAACCUUCAGAAACCCAGAGUACCGAUAUUCCAUUCUCAUCUAGUGCAGCUUCUUCGAGUGUUGGCGAGGGAAUUUCUACUGGCAUUCCUCCAGUCACAAGCGUUGUUUCUGGCUCAAGUACAGCGACGGAGCAGACUAGUUCGUUUGGUUUGGAAUCUUCAUCUCUGCCUGGAUUUACGUCUACUUUUGAACUAUCGUCCUUGCCAGAACAGACUUCUGUGCCUGGAUCCACAUCCUCAUUGGAACAAUCGACUUCCCUUGGAAUAUCUUCUACUUUCGAACAAUCGUCUUUGCCUCAAACCACAAGUACUUCCGAAUUGCUCGAAACAACAUCUGGUCUUGAAGCUCUAUCAUCUAUUUUGUCUUCAUCACUGGGGAUCUCUACUCCAUUGCCCAGUGAAGUAUUAUCAACCUCGACAGGAGUUAUAUCAUCGAUUACCGAAAGCCUAUCAAGCUUUGGUGAGAGUGCUUUCCCAUCUGAAACUGGCACAAUUAUUCAAUCGUCCGUAGCUGCCAGUAGCACGGCUAUUCUUUCGUCUCUGGAAUUAUCUGCAGCUCCAUCAAGCAGUGGAGCUUCAAGUACAAUUCAGGAAUCUAGUGCUGUUCUAUCUGCCACCUCAAUAAACAGCUUGACUGAAUCCCCAUCUCUAAGCUCGGAAACAUCUCUUGGUGCUACGAGUACUUUGGUAGGGUCACCAAGUCAGUCAUUUGAAGUCUCCACCAACCUUGGAUCGAUAAUUUCUACAGAGAUUAUCAUUAGUACGACUGUAGUUGUACAAUCAAGUAUCGAAUCAACACUUGGAGCUACAAGCAGUUUAGCGGGAUCAUCAAGUCAAUCAUUCGAGUCCUCGAGCAAUAUUGAAUCGAGUUUACUUACACAUACAUUCGUUGGCACAUCCGUCUCUGUCGAAUCAAGCUUGUCAUUUAGCAAUGUAAUAUCUGGAAGUGCCACAACAAGUACUUUCGAUAUCCAGUCCACAGAUGAAAUCACGAGUGGUCUGGGAUCUAUUGUUUCUACGACUAGCUCAAUUGAAUCUAGCCUGUUCGAAGGUCCUAGCAGUUCUCUUGUAUUAGUUCCAACAUCCACUGGUCCUGAGUUCAUCAGCUCAACGCAGGUAUCAGAAAUUAUAUCAGAGAGUGUCAGCCUUCCAUUUUCAAGCAGUAUUGGUUCGAUUGUGCCUACGAUAGGUUCUAUUGAACCAACCUUAUCGGAAGCCACUAGCAAUACGAUAGGUCCUAUUGAAACAUCAACUGGCAUUGAAACCGGCACCUCGACGCAGGUUUCGGAGAUUUUGAGCCUCAAACUCACGAGCAGCGUUGAAUCUCUUGCUGCCACCUUAACUUCAACUGGCACAGUUUUCACUUCCAUCGAACCUAGUUCAUCUGAGGUCUCCAGCAAUUCGGCUGGCGCUGCUGAAACAAGCACAGAGAUUUCUCAAUCAAUACAGCUGUCGGAAACUUCAACUCUUAUAUCCACAUCUACCGGCUUUUUUGAAUCAUCAAUCUUAGAAUCAAGUGUUGGAAGUACUUUCCAAAUCACCCCUGAAUCCAGUUUGGUUCAAUCCACCACUCUCCCUGCUUCAACCAGCGAGCCUUUAUUCUCUACGAUCAGUAUCGUCUCACUAUCCAACUCGAUUGAAAUAGUUAGCACAUCGGAGUCCUUGAGUCUAGAGCCAUCAAUCAUAGUGACGACUAGCUUAGCAGCUCUCACAACUGGAGUCAGUUCUGAAACUGUGAUACUCUCUAGUACAAUUGAAGUUGUCACAGAAUCAUUCACUUUGGAGCCAUCUUCGGGGGCGGUUAGUAUACCUGCCUCUGCCACAUCAAGUAUCUUCAUACUACCUUCUACGACAAUUGGAUCGGUUGGAAUAGAGUCUUCUACUACGGAAACGUCAUUAGCAAUUCCAAGCAGCUCAGGAAUUCUUUCUGAAACGGCUAAUUCUGCCUCCGCAAGUUUUACCGGUACGUGCUUUGGAAACCUCUACCGUCCAAUAUCUGGGAGAGUUGAGUACCACGUACGGAUUGCCUGA